CGAAAAAUUCUUCCAGGAUUGUGCAACAGAGUUUGCCCACAAUGACCUCACAUCUAAUCAUGGAUGUCUCAAACAUGUGCACACAUACCUUGUUAAAAUAACAGCUAUGAAGUGGUGGAGGCGUGGCUGCAGAGUCUAUUUAAUGAAACUGAGAAAAGAGACACAAAUGUACACACACACACAAAUGUGCUAACUGAAAAAAGGAACAGAGGAUAAGACAGAAAAAACAGUUCAAAUAGUGGAUGGACACCACCGCUGUCGCAAGGAUGUGGAAUGACACAGACCUUCUGAGAAAUGAUUCCUUUUCUUGUGCGUCCCCCUCUGUUGAGGGCUACCGUUACUUUGGUGUGCUCUUGGGAUCAGCAGUGACCAUAGUCGGAACUAUAGGGAAUAUUCUCACAGUUCUCGCCUUUGUGACUGAUGCCAAUCUGAGGACUCGUUUCAACGUCCUCAUCGUAAACCUUGCCUUUGCUGACCUCCUAUACUGCACAAUACUUCAACCGGUCAGCGUUGACUCAUAUCUACACCUGCACUGGAGGGGUGGAGCCACGUGGUGUCGUAUGUUUGGACUCCUCUUAUUUCUGUCCAACAGCGUGUCCAUCAUAACAUUGUGCCUCAUUGCUAUGAGCCGUUACCUGGUGGUUGCGCAUCGCACUUCUAGCUGUGCCCGUCUACUUCUGUCCCAGCGAGGAGUGGCAGCUCUCCUUAUCUCCUCCUGGGUGCUGGGUUUGGCCAGUUUUGCCCCUCUGUGGCCCGUCUAUGUAUUCGCCCCACAAGUGUGCACCUGCAGUUUUCACCGCACUAAAGGGCGGCCUUACACCACUGUGCUGCUUUUCCUGUACUUUUUCUUAGGCCUAGGCUUCGUAGGUCUUUUCUACUUUCUAAUCUACCGAAAAGUGAGUGUAGCCGCCAAGGCUUUUCUAAAGUACAGGCCCAGUCGUCGCUCAUCGAAACGCAAGCAGGCUGAAGCAGAAGGGACAACGGAUGACAGUGGCAUCAGUGCUGGAGCCUCAACAACUCAGAGCUGUGAGAUCAGCAGUGAUGGAGCAGUGGCAGAGCAGCAUGGGAAACAAGCACAGGAAGGCCAAACAACCACACAAAAUGCCACUCAACAUGCCUCAAGUGAAACAACUAGUAAAGCAUCUCCUGUAGUAAUCCAGAACACUCCAGCAGCUGCCAACUCAGGAGAGGACAAUGAAUUUAAGCGUGUAACACGAAUGUGCUUCACAGUCUUCUUGUGUUUUGUUGGAUGUUUUGCCCCAUUUCUGCUGCUAAAUGUUGCUGAUAAGAAAAAUCGUGCACCACAGGUCAUUCAUAUGAUAUGUGCAAACCUCACUUGGUUAAACAGUUGCAUUAACCCUUUGUUGUAUGCAGCAAUGAACCGGCAGUUUAAUCAGGCCUACAAAGACCUACUGAGCAAAGCUGCACAUCCACUAAGAUGGUUUGGAAGAACCCAUUGGUUUACAUCAAGAUAAUUAAAGUAGGGUACUGUAAUAAGUCCAUUCAAACUGGAUAUGACUAAAGCUACCGUUUUUAAAGUGCCCAAGAAAUCAAAACUAACCAUGAUGUUGUUAUAGCUCACAUUGCUAGUUGUGUGGUGAACAUUUCACCUGUGCAUGUGAUUAAGAAAAAAUUAAUAGUUUGCCCUUUUAAUCUUUAAUUGUAAUCUAAGAAUGCACUUCCUGUUUGUUUUCAGUUAAAUCAUCAGAUUACAAUUAUCUUAGCAAAUGGCCGUGGCUAAAAUAUUAAAUCACGCUGCUCCAAUGGUCAGCUUUGACAACAAAUGAAAAUAGUGAGCAGGAGGAGUCUGUUAGGUUGUAAUAACUCUCGCCAAACCCCAUUCUCGAUCUUUCUGAAUGAAAUGCCUACCUUAUAUUCAUUCAGCUCACAGUAGAAAAAACAAGCCACGCCCACUGCUUACUCAUUUAAUAUU